UCUCUGAUUAUUUAGGCCUCUGGUCGCUCACAUGUGCCCCAGAUCACAGUGUGCAUAGUGUGAUUAGCAGGCGGAGAGAUAAGCAACAUUUAUAAUGGAUAUAAUAAUUGAUACGAGAGGUGAUUCCGGCCUGACAAACAAGGAUCAAUUAAUAGACAGCGAUGAUGACGACGAUGUCGAAAUUAAUACCUUCGGCAAUUCUACCAUCGGUAUUGAUUCAACGAUGAUAUACGACUUGGAUUAUCUAGGCAUUGAGAAAAAAGGGCAACCGAAAGGAAGGAAGCUCGCUUCCAGCAAGGACUUUGAUCUUGAAAAGUUUGAAGCCGACAUGGGUUGGAGAUCUACGAAAGAGACUUCAGAGCCAAUGGACGAAUUAGCGUACAUAGAAAAAGAGGUGAAUCCACUGGACAAGAUUUUGGCGAAGAGCGUUAUUAAAUCUGACUUUGAAAGGCUGCACGUUGUACCGCCCUACGUGUUGAGUAAACGCCAAUUGGAAAUGCAGAAACGACGCGAGAAACGAAGGAUGGGCGCGGGCGCGGGGUGGUUCAACAUGCGUGCACCAGAAAUUACACCAGAGAUCAGACACGACCUCGAGGUGUUAAAAAUGAGAUCUGCACUGGACCCGAAACACUUUUACAAAAAGAACGACACGAAAGCGCUGCCGAAGCACUUCCACGUUGGCAAAGUCGUUGACUCUCCGAUGGACUUCUACUCCUCGCGUCUCACGAAGAAGGAACGUAAGAGGACGAUUGUCGACGAGCUUAUGGCAGACGCGGAAUUCACAAAAUACAACAAACGUAAAUACAAGGAGAUUAUCGAGGAGAAGCAGAAGACGCACUAUAAAGCGCACAAACACGCGAGGAGGCUUAAGGGAAAGAGGAAGAAAUAAUAUUUGUCGUUACUAUCUAUAUUUGAGAAAUAAAGAAUUAUUAAAAAUUCAUCUUUAUAAAGUUAAAUAGUAA